AUGCAGCGGCAACCCUUCUCUCCGCCCCAGAAAUCCCCAGAACUGUUCCAUCCCCGACCUCAGCACAUCUCCCAAGUACCCAUGAUGCGAUCGCCGCCGCCACCUGCCUCCCAGAACUCAUCACAACCCCAGCUAAACAGCUAUGGAAAUCCCUAUCAGUCCCCUCCCGCAGGAGCAGGUGGAGGCGCAGGGUUUGGACCGAGCUUCAACUUUAUUUCCGACCCAACGGCACAGAUGGGAUUCCAAGUCGGACAGCAUGCAAUGAAGGCCGGGCAAGAGUAUAUGGAGCAGAAUUUGAACCGGUAUAUUUCAGUCUCAGCUCUGAAGCACUACUUCAACGUGUCAAACUCAUACGUCGUGCGGAAAUUGCUGCUCGUCCUGUUUCCCUGGCGGCAUAAGCCAUGGACGCGGCAGCAAGCUCGAAUGACCACCUCCUCCACCACAGCUGACGGCACAAUGACUCAACAAUCGUACUCCUUCAACUAUCUCCCGCCACGAGAUGACCUGAACUCGCCGGACAUGUACAUCCCGAUCAUGGCCUUGAUUACCUACAUUCUCCUGUCAACCGUGCUGGCCGGAGUCAGAGGGUCAUUCCACCCCGAAUUAUUAGGUAGCAUCACUAGCACGGCAAUCUUCGUCAUCAUCUUCGAGAUCAUCGUUCUGAAAAUUGCAAUGUAUAUGCUCAGCAUCACCAAUGACUCGCAGCUCCUUGACCUCGUCGCGUACUCUGGCUACAAAUUUGUGGGGGUCAUAGUCACUCUUUUUGGCAGUGAGCUCCUUACGGGUGGCAGUGGUACAAACAACUGGGUGGGCUGGACUCUGUUCCUGUACACCUGGUACGCAAACGGGUUUUUCUUGCUCCGGUCUCUCAAAUAUGUCUUGUUACCCGAUGCGUCAGGGGACCCAACAGCCAUGCGAGGCGGAAGUUCCUACACUGUUGCACGAGCGCAAAAGAACCGCCGCACUUAUUUUCUGGCGCUUUAUGCUUUCGUCAUACAAAUGUUGUUCAUGUGGAUCUUGAGCCGCGAGGAAGCUGCGGUCAAGACGGUCGCCACCCGACUCGCAGGUCCAAAAGCUUAG